GGGGCGGCAGGGCGGGCGCGGCCGGCGGCGCGUGCGAAGAUGGAGGAGUACGCGCGCGAGCCCUGUCCCUGGAGGAUUGUAGAUGACUGCGGAGGUGCCUUCACCAUGGGAGCGAUAGGAGGUGGCAUUUUCCAGGCCAUCAAGGGCUUCAGGAAUUCCCCAGUGGGCGUAAACCACCGACUGCGGGGAAGUCUGGCCGCUGUUAAAACGAGAGCUCCGCAACUGGGAGGUAGCUUUGCUGUCUGGGGAGGUCUGUUCUCCAUGAUUGACUGCAGCAUGGUCAGAAUGAGGGGGAAGGAAGAUCCAUGGAAUUCAAUCACAAGCGGAGCCCUAACUGGAGCCAUCUUAGCUGCCAGAAAUGGACCUGUUGCCAUGGUUGGAUCCGCCGCAAUGGGAGGAAUUCUCCUGGCUUUGAUUGAAGGAGCUGGUAUUCUCUUAACAAGAUUUGCCUCCGCACAGUUUCAGAACGGCCCUCAGUUCUCAGAUGACCCCUCCCAGCUGCAGCCCUCUCCAUUUGGCGACUACAGACAAUACCAGUGAUCAUCCUCAUUCUGUUAGUUCGUAUUGUAGCUGAGCUGUAAUUUAAAAUGCUGGAGGAUCAGGAUAUGGUAUGUCUUUACACCAGUGGUAGUCUCUUACACAAACCAUGUCAAGAGGACCUUCAGCACUUGGCAGUGUAAAGCUGCACAGAACUUUUAGAAGAUGACAGAUCUAUUUAUUGGUAACAGAUUCCAUUGCUGUAACGUUAAUACAUGUCUGAUAGAAUACAUGGAGAUUUAAGAUAAGGACCAAACGGAGUCUUGUAAUCCCUUGGCCAUUGGCUGAAGUGAAUGUCUGUGAAGUCUUCUCUGGGAUGUGGCAUUAACUAUUCCACAUCUGGAAUUUACCCUCUUCCCUUUUGGAUUUAGGUUGCUAUACAAAUUUUGGAUUUUAUGUUGCUACACAAAUUUCAGCUUAAGGGAAAGUGUUAAACUACGUGCAGGUUUACCUUCCAGAAGUGACUGUUACUGGAAUGCACAAGCCAGUGAAAGCAGAGGGCUCUGUGUGGUUGGAGGAUGAAGUGCAUUGCACCUGCAUGUGUGCUUUCAGCACGGUCUGUUGGCUUUUUGCUGUGGAUUGAGUCCUCUAGUGCUCUGAAGGUAGCACAGUUCCGUUGGCUCUGUGUUUUCGUUCUUAGACUCCAGUUCUGAAGGCACGUUCCCUCUUGCCAGCAGUUAAAAAUCAUAUCCAGUGGGGUUUUCUGUUGUAGGUCCUUCCUAAUAGGUAUAUUGUAUCAUGAAGUGCCAGCAGGUGAUAGCAUUCAAAGGCUUGUGUAGCAUUAUCCGGGACAGCUGAGAGCUUUUCUUCUGCCCAGAAAGGAUCUCUAUAGUCUGAGGAAACUGCCAGACUCAUUCAGUAGGACAGCAUGAAAGUAACAGAAGUGCUCAAAUGGGUGAAUUAAGAUUGUACAAUGUGUGCAUGCAAGUGCAAGAUCCUGAGCAUAAGGCUCAUAUGUCCUGUAGAAGUGACAAUUUCCUCACCUGUUUCCACCACCCUGCCUGUCCCAGAGCCACUCCAGGACUGCCUGUUGCUCUGGUACCUCGCUGUUCAGUGUUGUUGCUGCUGGCAUGUCAUUUUCAAGAAUCCUUAGCUCAACAGCCUUGUGUUUGUGAAAGCUUGUCUUGCUUUGCCUCUUACCUGGUUGCUCAGGUGAAUUGUAAAGGAUUGUCUUGAUUUGUUACUCAGCCAGAGUGCUUGCUUCUGUUCCUGAGACCCCAGCUGUGGAGGAAUGAGCAAAUCCCUGGCAGGUGAGGGGAAAUUACAGCCAGAUCCCUCAUCAGUGCUGCACCUCCCUCAGUAUCCAAAUCUGCAUGUUAAUCACCAGAUGCUUUCCUGUGCUCUUUAUAUAGGACUAGCACACUGGGUGGUGUUCAGCACUGCAUGCUUACCCUGGGAUGGGCCUCUGCAGCUCAAGGGGGUCAUCCUUGGCCCAGCUCAUGUCCCUGCACUGCCCUCCAAGCUGUGUGGGGUCAGGAGGUGACUCUGUUGAGGCUGAGCUGCUCAGGAGCUGAGCAAUCCCAGGCUGGGUGCAGGAGGCCCCAGCACUCCUAGCCUUUCCUGGGUGCUGUCAGAUUGGGCACACAGCAUCUGCUACUCAGGGACUGUAUUUAAGCAGCACCCUGAACAUCUUGGGUGACUUCUCCCAGCAGUGUUUGGCUGGGAGCAGACUUUGGUGGGGUUGUGGUAGGGAGGUGUGCAGGAUCUGCUGCUCCCUGCUUUGGGGUUCCAUCUAAGCCAUGCAUUUGGCAAUGCCCAAAGCCAGGCCGUGUCCAAACAGCCCCAAGAGGGGUCACCACACACCCCUCUGCCUCACCUUGCUGUGAGGUUACAGGCUUCAGCUGCUCAAGAAGAGCUUUAUUCAGCUCAGCCCCUCCCCUCUAAUCCCCCAUGACUGUCUGCGCCCCACGGUCACUCACACACCUCUCUCUGCACAAGGGCAAACCCUGAUGUGAGGUGCUGCCCUUUGCUCCUCACAUGCUAACCAGGUUACAGUGUCUUUGCUGGACGGCUGGGAGCCCUGCAGGUGAGCUGACAGCUCUCUUCCCCUUGCUGUUCCAAGGAGGAAAGGCAGCAGGUCCCUCAGCUCUGCAAUGCACCAUGCCUCCAGGGAAGGGUUUCCUGCCCUGUCAUCUCCACAACACCCACAAGCUUCCUGUUUUGGUGCUGUCCUGACUCACUUUGGGCAGGAUGGAGACCACAACUUGCAGGCAGCUCACAGCUAUCCCUGACACUCUCCUCAGGGUGCUCUCCCUGGAGCGACUUCUCCAUCAACACCCCAAAAAACGAGACCAACACCACCAGCACGACACUGAACUAUUGACCUCUUUAUUUCAAUCAGCUACAGCAGCUCUACAUUCCCCUAAAACACUGUCCUUCCUUCACUACCACAGACAGCGAGGGAGCCGAGUACACUGCGGUGGCAGCAAGUCUUCUUAAAGCUUAGUAUUAAAUAUUAAAUAUUCUCU